GCGGGCCGGCUGGGCGGGGCCCGCUCGCCGUACGGCCUGUCGCAAAGAGCAUGGCGGCGCCCGUGUACCCGGCCUGGGUCACCCGCUGGGUCUCCGGGCAGUGGCGGCAGAAGAAGCGGCCCCCAGUUCUCCGUCCGACCCGGCCGCUGGUGCUGGCCGACAAGGUAGCGAACCGCCGGGAGCAGGCGGGAGAGGCGACGUGCAUUACGGAGAUGUCGGUGAUGAUGGCCUGCUGGAAGCAGAACGACUUCAACGAUGCCGCUUGUGCCGAGGAGAUCCGGGUCUUCUAUGACUGCGUGGCAAAGGCUGAAAAGGAGCGCAAGGCUCAAAACGACGACACCCUGUCACCAAGGGGAAACUUCACUUCAGCCAAAGUGAACAAGCUCCUGAGGAGGUUUCCUCAGAUCACACGUUAUGUAUAACGUUCUUUACCAAAGGGACUGUGGACAAGCAAUGAAAGUUGGAGUCUUUGGAAAAAAAAGUGAAAAGCAGACUUCAGUGAGUGUUCGAUGUCAAGUGGUGUCUGUCAGGACUGCUGUACAGAUCUUGAACACACCCUUCUUUCCAGAGUGAAAGACACCCAUCCUGGCCAUCAGCUGCCUUUGUUCAGGAGGUUCUUGGAUCUUGCGGUCUUAGGAUUUCCGCAGUGUGUUGUUCAGCUAGCCACAGUGUGGAGUCAUGUCCUCACUGUGAGAUUAAAACUUCUAGGAAUUCAUGGAAGUGCAUUUUCUAGCAGUUAGGGGGUCACUUUUCCUCAUGUAUAAGCUUCCUGCCUAACUUCUGGGCUGCUGUCAAAAAGUGCUCAGGCCCAGACAUUGAGCCAAAUUAAACUGAUAGUAAUCUCAUUACUUGUAUUCCUACAUUGUGUAUACAUAAUUUGGUUCCUCUUGAAAUUUUUUCAGUUCCUGCUGCUGUGCAAGAAGGCUGUAGAAUGACAAAGAAAACUCCAGCAAAAUUCCUUAUUAAUACACAAUACAUUGGUAAGGAUCAAAUAUAACUUCAACACAGAAGCUUGUGGUUUAGACCCUCUGAUUUGCAGGUGGGACAGGUACGGUGCCAUCAGUUAUGUUGUCUAGUAUAAUAAAAUAAUACAAGACUGUU